GAGUUAAGGCGCUCAGUACGCCAUAGACGCCAGAUGCAGGCCUGGAAUUUAGAGCGUAUACCAUUGCCGGACUUUUCCACAUAUGUACUUUAUACAACAGUAUCAUUGCUAGGAUCUGUAUUACAUGUAUUCUUCCAGAUGACUAAAGAUGCUAAACCUGAAGGAACAGGAAAUUCUACCACACUAAACUACCCAACACUGGCAUUAACUUGCUGUCUGGAGGACAGUUGGUGCUUUUGGAGCUUCGUAAACUUUGGAUACUGUUUGUUGAUGUAUGCUGCAAGAGAAUUGCAAAAUUUGUUUUUUGGUCAACUUCGAAGCGCUGAAGAUUCACAUAUCAGAGAAAAUUUUUCUAGUUUUAUUUUCUAUAAGGUGGUUUUCAUUUAUGGUAUUCUUCACGUGGAAGUUCUUCAUGAACUCCUUCUUUGGGCAACGUGGUUUACUAUACUUGGCUUUUUGCGUCUUCUAACUGGUCUUAUCAGGGAUCGUUCUCAGUACACUCUUCGUUGUUCUGAUUUCUCUCUUACUUAUCAAGCCCGAAUAUUUUUAUUAUGUUGUCUGCUCCUGCUUUCCAGCAACGUUCUGAUGAUUAUUUCUAUCAUCGUGGGUGCUAAGCAUUCUCUCAAUACUAUGUUCUUUAUGCUUGCGGAGGUAUUUCAACUUUUGAUUGUCACUGUGCAUGUUAUCACGUGGUAUGUAGUUUAUCUAUAUUGCGAACUUGCCUCACGUUCUAAUGAUGACGAUAAAGUGUACCACCGUUUUGUGCUUCUUUAUUACACUGAAUUCGUUUUUGAUACGAUUGCUGAUGCUGGCGAUGUAUUCCAUAACCUACAUAUGUUAUUUUGGAAUAAACUUCAAAUAAAUAUGUCGAGCAUCAUUGUUGCCUUGCACCUUCAACAUUUAUACUACAAAGUGUCCAAACGUUUUGUGCAUCACAAACGCUAUAAAAACGUACUAAAAAGUUUAGAUACUCGAAUUGUUUAUUCCAAAGAAAAUUGUCCUAUUUGCUGGGAGAAAAUGCGUAAAUCCUGUCAACUCCCCUGUGGACAUAUUUUUCAUACUGCCUGUUUAUAUCUGUGGAUUGAACAAAACAAUAACUGUCCUGUAUGCAGAAAGUGCUUCGAUGAUUUAAAUGGUCUGCCUCCAAAUACAGUAGCAACAAAUUUACCUACGACACUUCCCAGUUCUUUUUCUACCAGUGAAUCUUCCGAAAUAUCGAGAAGUCAAAGUAAUGGGUCUAGUUUUCACCCUUUAUCAUCCGAAACAAGUCAGAUAGGUUUCCGUUCUGAAAAUCAACUUAGUGUGAAAAAAUUGUGCGAAACAGGUAUUCCGACUACGAAAAAUUCUGGUUUCUCCGUUCGUGAAAUAACGGCGGAUUCAUUACUUUCCGCAAAUAAGUUCACUUCAUCCAACGAAUCAUACUUUUCGGCAAUGGUUAGUAUGGACCGUCUGUUGGAUGUACAUGAUCAGUUGAUUGCUGAAGAUGUUGCCAAUGUUCGAACCCGUCCAAAAAAUGCAUUACCUGCAAAAUUCUUAGCUAUACUGGAAGCCGAACUACUUCGACAUUUCCGCUUACCUGAUACUUCGAAUAAUUCGAAGUUAAAGUCAUCUAGAUGCAAACAACAAGAGGGCUCAUUGACUGAACAUACUGUUAAUUCACAUGUCCACGAAUCUACAUUGCUAAUAACUGAUCAGAGUCCACUCAUUUCAUCAACUCCCGAUACAUUAUUUUCAACACUACAUUCUUCACAGAGUUCAUCAGAUUCGUCUCAUACAGACGAUGAAGACAAGGAAUUCCCACCUAAACGUGCUUUACGAUUGGCUAUUAGACGGUUGUUGCAGCGUGUCAAUCAAUCACUUUUGAUUUCAGGGAAGAUGUGUCAAUGUCAUGCACUAACUCUUUGUACACAUAAGUCUGGUAUUUUCGAGAGGGAUAAGUCAUCAAUUCAACCUACUUCAUCGGGGGAUAAUAAAAUUUGUCAAACUCCAAAUACUUCAACACCAUUCCAUUCAUAUCCUUCUACUUUAUCUUCAUCUUCCACUCAAAUUAUGAAACAUCAAACAUCUUCAUUGGUUUGUAGUGAUACAUCUUGUUCACCUGAUAUAUUAUCACAUAGAAAUCGGUCUAGCUUAGUCUUAGAUCCUCAGACCUAUCAUUCAACUGAUGAACAGGUUAGUAUCAUGGAGAUAUUUUGUCUAGUAUCAUAGUAUAUGUUUAUGUAUUUAUUUUAAAAUAGUAUCAAAAUUAUAAACAGAGUUGACCUUGAUGACCUGCUAGUCUAUGAAACUAAAUUUCAUCUUUUGUGUGAUAUUCUAUAAAAAUAGUCAGUUAACGUAAAACAAUGGGAUUUUUAAGCUGUAUUUUUUCAGCUCUAAUUGAUUGAUCCAAGAAAAACAUACUUUCUGUGGAGCUUUUAAUUAAAUCGUUAUCCAAGUCUGAAAGUAAACCUUUCUUGUAUGGCCUCAAAUAUUGGUUUGCUUCUGGUUAGUUUAACUAAGUACUGAUUUACAUACGCAGUUCUAGUCUUCGUAAUGUGAAAAGAGCUGUUGAAAUUACUGUAAGGGUGAUUGUUGUUUAGACUUCCGUGUUUUAAAUCGACCAUUUAUAUCACAGACCACCAUUCUUGACUAAAAUAUAAUAAAUUUCAAAUACUAAUUGAUUUGGAAGAAGUGUCGAAUGUCAGUGAACGUUUUGUAGCAUAACCAAUUCAUAACGAAUAAUUUUAAAAACCAACAUCGGUUAUAAAACGAAACAAAGUUAAGAAAAGUCCAAAUAUGUUUCGUCGUACUUUGUGACCCAACAACAAUUAUGUAUUUUAUAUUCAGACUUAAACAUCUAGGUCUUAUAGCUCUUACAUUACUUUUGAAUUAUUGAAUUGAAAUCUGAUGAUAGACAUUUUUUAACUCCAUAUAUAUUGUGUUUAAAAUGUUGUCAUUAGAAUUUCUUCUGCUUACUGUUUUAUAGUGGUUGUAAUAGGAAGCUCCUCGCAGUCACGGAGUCCAUAAUUUUUUAUACUGAUUAGUACCAAAGUUGACUAGUAUGAAAUAAUAUUAGCUUAAGGGCUGUUACGAAUAAGAAAAUCUUGAAAUAUUUCAGAGUAUUAGCUCGAUGCUCUUCAACGAUACGAUCUAUUGGUCUUUUUAGGGACAUUGAAUAAUGUUCUCUCCAAAUUAAGAAACGAUUGAAAUCGAUGUAUUCUGACUUUUAGGUCCUUAUUUUACCUACAGUAUUAUGUAUUAGUCAUUAGACCUGAAUUUAUCACUUCGAUAUCGGAGAUGAGCAGUCGCAUUUAUACUGUGUUUAGUUUUCAAAUAUAAUUGUUUCCUAGUUUUUACUAUUGAUGUAUAGUGUAAGUUUGUGCAGACCAUAUAUAAAGCAAAUCAACUUCCGGAAACAAUCAAAUAAGCAGCCAUCAUAACAACUGUACUUGAAAUCCAAAUAAGUAGUUUAAUGUAACUAUCGAUUCUCACUCAUCCCUAGAUGAUGAUAAUGAUCUUGUUUGAGUUCAUUAUUAAAAUGUUUCAUUUUCAUUAUAGAAAGUAUAGUGACGUUAUUUAUCCAAAUAUAUUAUUUAUAACUGAGUAGCUUUUCUAUUUUUCGGCAGUUCGUCCUAUUAGUCUGAACAACUUACUUUUCACUAGUUAAUCUAACUUCAAAGUGAAACCAUGAUCACAUUGACCCAUCUACAAAAGUUUGUUGAUAAUGUGUAAUGACCUUACAUUUUUCUCUUUAUCUUUUGGUCACUUUUUAUACAAGCGACUUGUUUUUAUUUGACAGAGGAAUAUUCCACAUAAGUGAAAAAUAAUUAGAUUGCGUUUUGCAACUUCAGAUAAUUUAAAAUCUCAGAAAUAUUGAUCCCUGUUUCCACAUUCUUUAAAUCACGUAACCUAAUAAAAUCAAUCAACAAGCAAGUGGUUUUGUGUUGGGAUAUUCAGAAAAAUAUCCCAAAAAUUAUCCUGUUAAGUUUAAUGUCAUCCUUGAACUUGAAAUGGCAUCAUUUUCCUAUUGGUCAAUUUUUAUUUCACGUGUCGUUUUUUUCUUUAUUUAUUUGAACACAUGAAUAUUGAUACAAGAGAGCGCCAAAUAUAUAUGCACCGCACAAAACAAUGAAAAUUUAAAGAGAAAUAGAAAAAACCAGCUAAGUAGCGCAAAGAAAGAGAACAAUAAAGAAGAGUUUGGUGUAAGGUAGUGUGGUAGUUAUGAGGGAAUGGAAAGGUGUAAUCGGAGAAAAAAAUCUCUCAGGUAAGGGAGACACAACCACUUUUUAUGAAGAAAGUAAAAGAAGGUUACAGCAGGAUUGCCAUUGGCUUCUAUUCUGAGCCAUAUCUGAUAACGUCUCUAGCCACUGUGUUGCACCAUCUCUCAGACCCCAACCAGGGAGUCGUGAAGGACCAACACAAGCCAGUCCUUUGCAGCAUUCUUUCAUGCCACGACACCAUGUCAUGCACUGACCACCUCUCCGCUUCUUCAAACCAGUCCCAGAGUCGGCAAAUAAUGCACGACGUGGAAUUCUCUGGGAUGACAUUCGGAGAACAUGUCGAAGCCACCGAAGUCGGUGUUUCAAGAUGGUGACACCAAUCGAAUUAUCGUCUCUGCACUCGAACACACGAUGCCGAACCUCUACAUUACUAACAUGGUGUUGCCACUGAAUGUCAGCAAUGCUUCGGAGACAAGGAUGGUCAAACACAGAGUCGUCUAACGUCCUCAACUCGGAGAGGCCAGGUUUCACAAGCAAAG